AAGUGUGUGAAGGUGGCACAGUUUAACUGCGCAGAGCAAAAUCUGUUUAGACAGCUCGCGUGUCUCCGGCUCGGGACUCUCUCGCAAGAUAUCAAAGCCGACCUUUCGUCAACUCCGUUCGCCCUUUUGUACUUUUCACUUCAAAGCCUCUGUUGGAACCCAAAAAUUCACCUCUUCGUACUACGCCGUGCCCUGCGCUUCACUGGAUUUCACCUUGGAUCUUCAAUCCAUGGAUGAAAAUCCUUCCAUUGAAGAAGCUGAAAAUGAAACAGGACAAAAUUCAGAUGGAAAAGAGUUAGAUACAACGGAAGGAACUUCCGAUGAAGAACCGUACGUCGGAAUGGAAUUUGAAUCGGAAGAAGCAGCUAAAGUGUUUUACGAUGCCUACGCCACACGCGUCGGAUUCAUCAUGCGUGUGGAUGCGUUUCGCCGUUCAAUGCGUGACGGUAAAGUGGUUUGGCGUCGACUCGUCUGCAAUAAAGAAGGGUUUCGAAAGCUAAGGCCUCGUAGAAGUGAAAAUAGAAAGCCUAGAGCCAUUACAAGAGAAGGGUGUAAAGCAAUGAUUGUGGUAAAGAAAGAAAAGACUGGUAAAUGGGUGGUUACGAGGUUUGUUAAAGAACAUAAUCAUCAGCUGGUUCCUAUUCCUACCAGUGGUCGGAGAAGCAUGCUCUUGUCGCAAACACCGGAUGAGAAAGAUGUAAAGAUUCGAGAAUUGACAGCUGAGUUACAACGGGAGCGAAAGCGCUCUGCAGCAUUUCAGGAGCAGCUUGAUAUGGUAUUACAAGAAAUGGAGGAGCAUUCAAAUCAGCUAUCAAGGAACAUUGAUGAUAUUGUUCAAAGUGUAAGGGAAAUCGAGUCGAAGCGGGUGGCACUUUCGCAGAGUUAAUAGUGCUGAUACAAUUUCUUUCACAUAGUGUUUGCUCCCCAAAGAGUGGCUUGUAAUCUAGCUUCUUUUUGCCUUUUUUGUUUUCUCGAGUGAGAUGAUGGGCAUUUAUCAUGUAGGCUGAGGUGAAUCAUCAUGUUCUUGUAAGAAAAUGAACGAUUAAAAUUAGUGCGAUGUUUAGUGUUCAAGCUCCAA